GUCGAAAACGAUUGGAACCAUUUCACUGUUUGAUCGCUAGGAUUAUGGGUAUUAGGACACCUCCAUUGUGGGGCUCUAUGCAGUCAUUGAAUCACACUCACCAUAUCACCUAUUGCAGCCCAGAACUCCAUCCAGCUGGCGGCGCUGUAUUCCGUUUCUGCGCUCGGCACCCGCUGAAACAAGUAAAAGAAAACACGGAAAUCGGUUUGGAAGCGAGUUUGUUUUGAUUUCCUAUAGUCAUUGUGUGGACCAAGGAAGACACGAAACUUAAAACGGAAUUUUCAGUUUUCUGAGAAUGGCUAAACUACAGUCUUUGAGUGUAUUUGUUAAUGAGCGUUUAACAGUGGCUGCUGUGGAGAUUUUUGACGUUGUAGAGAAAGUGGUAGCCGAGUACCUGGAGGAAAUUUCCCGUUCUAAAGAGGAGAAUGACCGGCUACGGAGACUUCUGCGGAUCACAACAGAGAUAAAAGAGGAGGAAACCCCUGAGCAGGAGUGGAGCCCCAGUCUGAGGCAGGAGAAACCAGAGCCCACACAGAUUAAAGAGGAACAGGAGGAAAUCUGGACCAGUCAGGAGGUAGAGCAGCUCCAAGGCCUGGAAUCUGACACCAUUGAGUUCGUAUUCACCCCUUGUGUGAAAAGUGAAUGUGAUCUUCCCCAAACCCAGACUGUGGAUGGCAGAGGGAGUGACUUUAAACUGUUGGAUCACAUAAAGGGUCUCGACAUUUCGUGUGACCCUCCGGAUAAUGAAGGCAACACCUCCAUCCACAGCUCAGCCGUAAGCAGCGUCCCAUUAGGACAUGACAGCAGCUCACCAUUGAGAGAACCGACAAAAAGCAGCACCGUGUCUAAAAAACCUCAUUGCUGCCUUGACUGUGGCAAAUGCUUCACUCAGAUUGGCCGACUGAAGAUGCACUCGAGGAUUCAUUCAGAGGCCAAACCAUUUUGCUGUGGAGACUGUGGGAACCGAUUUCAGCUGAAAGGAGAACUAACCAACCAUAUAGUGAUUCACACUGGAGAGAAACCAUUUAACUGUGGUGACUGUGGGAAAAGCUUCAAUCGCAAGCUUACUCUUAACAGGCAUAUACUGCUUGUCCACAAAGAAGGGACACAGUACGAAAAUGGAACGACGAAAGGAGAGAAACCAUUUUGCUGUGGUGACUGCGGGAAAAGUUUCACUCGUAGGCAGACCCUGAACAGACAUAAAAUGAUUCACACAGGAGAAAAACCAUUUCAUUGUGGGUACUGUGGGAAAGGCUUCAAUCGCAAGGAGACCCUCAUUGAUCAUAUCCAGAAUCAUACAGGAGAAAAACCGUUUAGCUGUGGCAACUGCGGGAAAAGCUUCAAUAGGAAGAGGAACCUAACUUCUCAUUUACUGACUCACACAGAAGAGAAACCAUUUAGCUGUGUUGACUGUGGGAAAAGCUUCAAGCAAAAGAGUGACUUAACCAAACAUAUAAUGAUUCACAUGGAAGAGAAACCAUUUAAAUGUGGAGAAUGUGGAAAAAGCUUCAAUUACAAGGUUAACCUCAACAGGCAUAUACUGUUCAUCCACAAAGAAAGAAAAUAGGAAGAUGGUGAAAAGAAGAAAGAAAAGUAAGACAGAUCUUCUGUCAGGAGAUGAGAAGCAGGAUGUGGACAAAACUGGUUAGCGAAACAACUCUAAAUCAUUCAUCUUGUAGGUUUCAAAUACAUGGAUAUGUGAUUCAUUCACUUUUGUAAAAUGUUCUAUGUAAAUAAAGUUAGAUUUUAUUUGAAUAAUGA